AUGGCGACCGAGCACGCAGCACCCGCCUUCUCCGUCCCCAACUACCACCACUUCCAGCAGCCGCCGCACUUCGCGAAGCAGUCGCAGGGCGUCUUCGUCGCCAGCACCCGCCUCAACUGCCCCGCCAUGGACCUGCCCAGCCGCGACCCGGCCCAGCUGCCCAACAGCAUCCAGGUCCACGCCCGCCGCAAAUCCGUGCCGUACACGGGCAGCUUCCGCCGCUCCCACACCACCGGUGACAUGAGCACUGCCGACUACGCCGCCCACGACUUCGCCCCGCAGAAGAAGCCGUCGCCGCCGCCGUCGCUCGCCGACUCGGCCUGCUCCGUCUGCACCACCCGCCACUGGGAGUGCGACGGCAAGCGUCCGCAGUGCACCGGCUGCGAAAGGAACGGCCUCUCAUGCCACUUUAGCGAGGCCCCGUCAUCGCCGUCGUCGGACCGCAGCGCCUCGCAGGGCAUGUCGGCCGACGACUUUGUCGAGGUCGGCGACUUGCCGCAAGAGGUGGAGCCGCACCGCGAGCUGAUCGAGGGUGUGCGCCGCGUUUACGCCACCCUCGUCAAGAUGCGCUACAUUCCUGCCGAGGAGCUGAUUUGGCCCCCCCACCACCAGCUGAAGAGCACCCUGGAGCCUCUCGGCUUCGACCCGCGCAUCGUGGACCUGCUGCGCUACCUACCCUACCUGCGGAACACCGUCGUCCAGCGCGCCAGCCCGGAACUCGACCACGGAACCUACGGAAUCAACUACCUCGACCAAGGCGAAGCCGAGGACAUGCUCGAGGUGUCCCGGCCCAACGAAGUCUUCAUCUUCAAGUCCUGCUCCGAUUUCGGCAACUUCUACGUCUACGACAUGGACCGGAAAACCAUGAAGCUCGCCACGCCUUUCCAACUCUACAGCAAGGAAGCCGGCAGACAAGAGUUCGACAACAGGCUCACGGCACGUUCCGCCGGCCUUGUGCUGAACGACCUGGUUGAAGGCUACAGGAACUUGACUCUUGUGCCGAUGCGCGGCCUCCACGGCUACCAGCUGUCGUCGUCGCUCCCCGGAUCCGACACGGAGAUCAAGCGGCUGUAUCUCAGACAUGGCUGGCCCAACAAGUUCGACGGCGAGAGCUUCCAGAAGGCGCUUUCCGAGUGGCUCGAACGCGAGAGCCAGAAGCAGCACGCCGACGUUGGCCAGAUGACGCGCGUUUCUGCCGUCGAGGCGCAAUCCGGCACCCCGAACCGCAAGACGAUGCGCAGCACCCGCAGUCUCCGCGAGAGGCUCCAUCUGACGCGCCGCGCCACUGCCAAUAGAUAA